AAUUACUUUAUGCAGCCGUAGAUGUGUCUCUCAGCAGCGCUGCCUCUGCCUUCCCUCUUCCAGAUGCUGACAGGCUCCGAAUCGGUGGACAGGGAGAAGAAACAGCCCCUCUCCUAUCUGCACUGGGACUGGACGGGGGAAUGAAUAGCAGCAGAGAAGAAAGAGCAAAGUUGGUUAUUUUUCUGGCACAUGGAUGCAAUUACACGGAGUGCAUUCCAGAGGCGUUACUUUGAAUUUUGAGCAGGUCUGCUUGCCAGUGGAAAGAAAUAAAAACAGGGAAGAAAAGUCUCUUUCUCCCUUAGAGACGGAAUGUCUGCACUUUCUAUCUUGAUUCUAGCUACCUGCUCCACUUGGAUGUCGCAAGCUCAGACAGUAUUUAAGAGGGUGGCUGAAGCAAACGUUACACUGCCCUGUCACCAUCAGCUGCACCUCCUGGGGCCUACAAGUCUGGACAUAGAAUGGCUGCUACAGGAUUCUGAAGCUGACCCCAAAGUGGUGAUCACUUAUGCAGGAAACCGUAUCUACCCUGACUUAAUUGAAGAACAAAAGGGUCGUGUUUCAUUUGCCUCUAACUUCCGGGCAGGAGAUGCCUCCUUGGAGAUUUCUUUUCUGCAACCAAGUGAUGCUGGGCUGUACAUGUGCAAGGUUAAAAAUGCUGGACAUUAUGAGUGGAGUACCAUCACUCUGAAGGUUCUGGAGAAACCUUCCAAACCUAAAUGCUGGAAAGAAGGAGAGAUGUCUGAAGGAAAAGAAAUCACUUUGCAAUGCAAUUCUGCCUCAGGCACAAAGCCCAUAAUGUAUCAGUGGAAACGUAUAAUUGAUGAGGAUGGGAAAACUGGAUCCCUUCCGCCCAUGACACGAAUCAACUUUUCCAAUCCAGCACAAAUUAUGAUGAAGAAUCUCACACGGAUGGAUUCAGGAUCAUACCAGUGCACUGCCUUCAACGAAGCAGGACAGGACAGCUGUAGUGUGCAGGUGACUGUGCAGCAGGCACGAAAUCUUGGCAUCAUUGCUGGAGCAGCCUGUGGAGCAAUUGCAGUCCCCAUCCUUGUCUUCCUGACGGUGUGGCUGACUAUUAGGAGGAAAGAGAAGAACAAAUAUGAAGAAGAGUCUCCAAAUGAAAUCAGAGAAGAUGCAGAGGCACCAAAAGCCCGAUUAGUCAAGCCUGGCUCCUCUUCUUCUGGUUCCAGAAGUUCACAUUCGGGUUCCUCUUCCACAAGAUCAACAGCAAACAGUGCCUCCCGCAGCCAACAGACGUUGUCAACCGAGGCUACCCCUCAUAUAACUCCAACACAACACAGCCAGGUGGAUAUCGAUAGCAGGGAAAUUGAGCCAAAGAAAAUUAACCACACCAACCUGGUGAAAACAGAAGUCACGUCAACCAUGGUGCCUGCACAAAGUAGGGCUUUCCAGACAGUUUGAUUACUCCCUGUCUGUUCAAAUGUCCAGAACUCACAGAAAACACCAGCCAUAUACCGUUAGCUUAGUUUGUUUAUCUAAAAACAACUUUCCUCCUGUAUUCACUAACAGAACACACAACAAAAACCCUCACUCAGUAUUCUUGGCCUAUUCCUUUCUGAAUACAGCUACAGACUUGAAAAAGAAACUCACACUGAAAAAUUUGCUUCCUUUUUUUGCUGUCAAUUCUUAAAAAGAAACGUUGAUAUUUUAAGAGCUGAAAAGUGACACUCUAGUGUCUGGAACAAUUUUUUUUUAAUGAGGCACAAAAAACCGUAAUACUCUAACAGAAUUUUGAAGGGGACAGAGUUUGCACAGUUGUACAGGAAAUACGUACUUUCAUGAACAAUUAUGUUCUCAGCUGUGGCACCAGCUUCCCUGAUAAAAUUAUUUUGGUCAACUUCAAAA